AUGAGGCUCAGUUCCAUGAAAAAAGUGGUGGCAAUGGAGGAUGUGGUUGUGGAUACCUCAAUGGAGGCGGUUGUGGAUAUGGGGGAGGCUGUGGUGGAAGAUUGUGGAGGUGGUUGUGGUGGAUUCCGUGGUGGUGGAUGCCGUGGCAGUGGAUGUAGAUAUGGAGGUGGAAGAUGUGAGGGUGGAAACAAUGGUUAUGGAGGUGGAUACUGGAGAGGAGGAGAUGUUUUGGAUACGGUGAAGGUAAAAUAUGUGAGAGGUUGGGGAUACAUAGGUGGUGAAGGCGGAAGGUACGAAGGAAAUUUGUGA